AAUGGUGGGCAGGGCGCUGCAGAUGGCCUCCCGGCUCAUGGUCGCGCGCGGCGCGGGCGCUCGGGCCGCCGGCCGGCUCUGGGUGUGCCCGCCUCUUCGGAGGCUUCCGGGGCUCCUCGGCCGCCCUCGGGCGCCGGGACCCGCCCCCCGUGCCCGAGCUGGAGCGGCCGGGCCCUCCCAGCCGCCGCGGACUAGGUCACGAGGCAGCCCAUCGCCCGCGCGGCCCGAGCCCGCCGCUGCUUUUUGGAGCCGGAGCGGACUUUCCCGGGGGCCGGGGUCAACUUGGGCUGCGGCGACGCGUCGAGGAGGAGCUUCCUCGCCCGACCUGGCCCUCCUAGGCGCGCCAGCCUCCCGAGCCCGCCGGUCCGAGCUCCUCCCUCCCCGAACUUCUCGGGCGACGUCAGCGGCGGACACUGAGGCGGGAAUGAAACACCUUUUCUACUGGGAUGACGCUCUUGUAGAGUGCGAGUGCAAAUAUUAUAUACAAUACCAAGUCCAUACUAGGCAUUUUACUUCUUUAUUUUUAUUAUUUUUAUUUUUCUGGAGAGAGAGCAAGUAGGGGAAGGUGGGAGGGGGAGAGGGGGAGGAGAGAGAAAGAGAGAAUCCUAAGCAGGCUCCUCCCUCAGCACGAAGCCCACUCAGGACCUAAUCGCAUGACCCUGAGAUCAUGACCUGAGCAGAAAUCAAGAGUCCCCAUGCUGUACGGGCUGAGGCCCUUAGGCGGCCCCAUACUAGUCAUUUAUUUUU